AUGAUUCUCAUAAUUCUUCUGCUUGGCAUUUUGCCAGGCCUGUCGAUUGCCCAAAACUGUUCAUCGUGUGUUAGUUCAGGAAACUCUUGGUGCGUGGAAUCUUCUCAAUGCAAUUCCACAUUCGUAGCCUGUAAAACUUUGAUAUCGCUCCAACUGAACUGUCCUGCUCUACCAGAUCCCAGAUAUGCAUAUGAUGAUAAUUUCAUGAGAACACAACAGUUGGCUCUGGCUGCAGCAUCUCACACAACUAACCCACAAUUGUGUUUUGACAAUCAAACCCCUACUAUUAAAAUAUUCCGUGUCCGUACAGUAAGUUGUUACGCUGCAAAUCCAAAUAUAUCUUGUAUCGGAUACACUGCAUACGAUGUCAGUCAAAAAGUUCUUAUCCUAUCAUUCAGAGGAUCCAGUGGUGACAUUCAGAACCAACUGAUGUCGGCUGAGAUGGCCAGUGGAGGACUCCAUUCAUAUUUUGGAAAUAAUGGAAAGAUAUUUAAAACUAUAUAUGACAACUUCAUGCUUCUUUGGAACGGAGGAAUCGAGCAGGAUCUGAGAAGCCUGAAAUACAAAUACCCUGGAUUCGAUCUAUGGGUUAAUGGACAUUCUCUAGGUGGUAUGCUUUCAUGGGUUGCCUCUUCUCAUUUAGUCACAAAUGGGAUGUAUACUCCUGAAAGAAUAAAAGUUGUCGCUAUGGGAAGUCCUAGACUGGGAGACUACGACUUCUCACUUUGGUAUAGUUCUACGUUUCCAUAUUCCUACCACAUCGUCCAUCGUCUCGACUUGAUCCCAAGAGUUCCAGUGAUUGAUCCGAACACCAAUACAACUGUACUUUAUCAUCCACGAACUGAAGUUUGGUACAACAACGACAUGAAUCCAGAAGACCCGUAUCAAAUCUGUGAAGAAACUGAUGGAAACUACUGUAGUGCAUCUGUAACAGAAGGAUUGACAUGGUCAGAUCAUGGAUAUUACUUCAAUGUCUACAUUCCACAAUGGGGCAAAGAUGGAUGCCCGAAGAACAGACGUCCAUAUGCACAAACACAAAAUUAA